GAAGCUGCAGGAUUAUCCCUCUCUCUCCCUCCCUCCUAGGCUCCAUUUUAUUUUCUUUCCAGCCAAGGGGGAAGGCAGGAAGGGGCGUCACAUCCAGGCAGGGGAAACCCCAUCUCCCAGUCUCCUGCCUUUGAUGCUCUCUAACAAUCCCUCCUCCUUCCCCUUAUCAUAUGCUCACCUUAGUGUCAACAGCAUCAGGCGGAUCAAGGAGCCCAGUUUCUAAAGGAAAUCUGAACUCUCUUGGCUUUCAUUCUCCUCAGAUUUCUGAGCAUCUGUUUUAAAUACCCUCCAAGUAACUUGGACAGGGAAGCUGGAUGUGCAGUCUCUGAGUAGGUGGAAGCAGGUCUUUGAGAGUAACAAAGCAGAUGAAGGGAAGGGAGAGGAGCUGCACAGAGACAGACCCAGGCUUCUAUCUCUCUUUUUUGCCAUGUCAGCUGACAGCCACCAGCUCCACACUCAUUCCUACCAGGACUCACUCAGUUCUCCUUGUCACAGUCUCUUGAAUGUCAACAGUCACCCCCUGUCGAAGAGCUCCUCAAGUCUGGCCUGUGCUGGGCAAUCGAGUUUAGAGGAAAGGCAAAGCAACAAGCAGGAGCUGAAGAAAAGCCAUAGUAGCACCAUCUGCCAUACCCUGGGAAACGAGAGUGAUGCAAGGAGCGUGCCGAGUCCUGGCUGGUCCUUCUCGCAGCCUGGGAUGAUGGGACUCGGAUCAGUGGUGCAAACCAUAAGUGACCAGUCAGACAAUGACAAUUCACGGAGCAGAACUAAGGCUACAAACCAUUUUCUUAUCGCUGAACCGUCCCCAGCAUCCUGCGAAGUGGAGGACACCAGGAUGUGUGUAAAGAGCAGCACAGUUGAGAAUAUUUCUUCAGCCUCCAUUGUCCACCAGCAAAGCCUGUGUAAAAUGGAAGAACCAGAAACCGCUCUUCAGAGAAGCCACUCAGACCUAACUUGCAGUUGCAAACAGCAGACUUAUGUCACUCACAUAGAAACCAGUGCUACUCAUUCCAGCCUAAGCUCUUCUAGCUGCAGGCAUGGUCCACCAGUGGCUAGGAUGUCUUUCCAAACGGAGAGGUAUGGACCAGAAACAAAUGAAAAUACAUCUCACUAUCAAAACCUUGUGACUCAUCUUCCAGUUCUACCUAGAGACCAAAAAGUACCCACAAAUAGCUUUGACAGCAGUGGUAUUCCACGUAACACUACUGUUUACACAGAUCCUGGAACAUUUCACACUGCUGUUCUAGGACCCCACAUGCCUGGAAAUGGUUUCUCAAACAGGACAAUGUUCAGUCAAGCCACUGGGAUUAUUCAUGGUGGUCUGACUUAUGGUAACAUUCCAAACUCUGCAUACUCCCCCAUGGUGAUGACAGUUCAUAACAAUUCUGCAGGGCCCUGUAAUGUAAGGCAGGACCCUUGUAUGAAGGUAGAUGCCACCAUCCCUGCCUAUUGCCAUUCUUUGCCCAUACCAUCUAUACAACUUGUUCCGCGGUUGGUAUGCUCGGUUAGUGAGUCGGGAAAAGAGCAGGCAGCACCUGGCUAUUUUCAUUCCUUUUCUACUUCAGACAUUCUGACAUAUCCUAAGCUGGUGUCUUCAGUAAGUGAAUCAGGCCUGGAUGCCAAGAGAGUCCUGAAGUGCUGUAGCAUUCCUGGAGAACAACUGCAACAUGCUCAACACUGUGCUCAGCAGGAGAGUGCUCCUCCAGAAACAAAGGCUGCCUGUGUUGCCUUCAGUAGCCAGCAAGGUGCAGGCGUGGUGAUGACAACUAAGGAUAUGUGGACUAUGACCUCUAUGAAUGAUUUAACCAAAGGACUGAAACCAGCUCUUGAGCGUAGAGAUGCCGAGGUACAAACUCUUCCAACCAUGGAAUGCAAAUCUGUGGCGACAAGCCCAGCGGCUGCAGCAGAAGGCCACUCGCAUGUGUUCCCAGAGGUGAACCUGGAGCAAGACUUGGAGGCCCCCAAAUCUCCAGUACGUGAAGUGAGAUGGGAUGAUGAAGGAAUGACAUGGGAAGUGUAUGGGGCAUCUGUGGAUCCAGAAGUCCUUGGGUUAGCCAUUCAAAAACAUCUUGAGAUUCAAAUAGAACAAUUCCAGACAGAGCCUGCUGAGCUGGCUGAGAAAAGUGAUAAGGAGCCAUCUUCUGAUAAAAUGGGGAAAAAAAGGCCAUUCAGAACAAUGAUGCACUCCCUGAGAUAUCCGAGCUGUUGUGCUCGUUCCAGUACUGCAGUAGAGUGAGCACAGCUAUAGGACGUAGGACAGCUGUGCUGCUUUUAAAUUGUAAAUAAAUGCUGACUCUUUAAGUGUUAACACAGUACGUGUGGACAACCUGCGUCAGGAUAAGUGGGAAAAGUUCAGUGACCAUCAAAUACGCAUCAAAGCAAGAAGGAAAAACCCGUAGUUGGGCCAUCUAACAGAGGACAUAAGGUUGUACCUACAUUACACCAUCUGAGUGCUCUUGACUCUAUUUAAUGUAGCACUGUUUUAUUCUUCCGUGUUAGUUUUAAAUCAUAUUGUAAGCAAUGAAACCUUUUCUAAAUGAUGCAUCUUUUUAAAAUAAUGAUCACUUUUUUCUGUAUUUUAAUAAUUUAGGAUUAGAAAACAAAGUUAGAAAAUAAUGCUUUAAUCAAAGUUCUUAGCUUUCAAUCCUACUCCGUUAAAUUGUUAAUUUAUAAUAAUGCUGACUGCAAGCCCACUUAAACUGUAGACAAAAUGAGAAACUAGUGUAAUGCUAUAUGAUGAAGAAUUGUAACUUUUGCUACAUAACUCUGUGAAGUAAUUCUGGUAUUUCUAGUCUGAACUCUUCCCUUUGCAAGCUGAUGUACAGUUGGAGGAUGCUCCUGCAACUUUCAAAUUAGUUUGUAGUUAUGAUGAAUUACACUCUAAAUAUCCAGAACUGAUGUUUACCAAGUGAUUGACACAAAUGUACAAUAUUACCAAAGAUGACUUAUGUAAUGUGAAUUACUUAUUGAAUGCUUGUCUUAGAGACAUGAAACAAAAGCUGUUCAGAUUAGUCUGUCACACUAACAUACCCUACAAAUCAUAAGCAGUUUUGUUUUGCUUAUAUUAAAAGUAAUUUCCAGUGAGUUCUUUUUAUCUGCAUCUAUCCUGAACAGUGGUUAUUUUGUCGUUGCGUAAACCACAGGCAACAGUUUGCAUGUAGCCUUUGCUAGUCUUGUGUUCCCUGUCUGGUCUGACAUCAAGUGUCUGCUGAAAGUGAGACUUCAUGUCUUCACCAAAGUGCAGCUCUAAGGUUAUUUGUUCCAAGUGCCUUGGUCAUAUGGGCAGCUUAAAGAUGUUUUUUCUCCAAAAAACAACUCUGCAAACAAUUUCCCAGUGAGAAACUUUUUCUGAUACUGUAAUGCAGCCAUAGUGCAGGGCCUGUUUAAAGUGAAAGGUUUGUCAAGGAAGCUGAGACUAUCAUUUCCAGCAUCAUAUGUGGCCUUUGGUCAAUGUCUAAGAUUCUUCAGGAAACUAGGAACGUGCAGUAUUGUUUGAUGGAGAGAGAGGACGAACGUUCAUUUCUGUCUCAGAAGAAAACUUGCAAUGUCAGAGAACUUACUGCUGUGGAAUUACCCAUUCUUUCUUUAAAAGUGUGUGGUUGUGCUUUUGUUGUUUUGGUUUGGGUUUUGUUCCAGUAAGUUAGCAGGCUGUCUACAUAAUGUUCACCUGACAUUUCUAUAUGAACAGGAGCCUCUGGUGCUUAGGACAGCUUUAAAAUUUCAUCUACAAAAUUCUUCAAUAUAGGACCUGCUAGCUGGAAUGGGCUGGGAUGCAUUAAUUUAAUAACAUAGAGUGAUUCAAGAUCAAAUUUUCAUUCCUGGACAAAGUGGAAUUAAACAGAGCUGGCUCCUGUCAAACCUGCUUUGAGUUCAGGAGGCUUCAUUCAGGCCCUGUGACUUUGGCCUCAAUAAUGUGUGAACUCAAAAUGAGUUUUAUACAAACCAAGUCUGAAACUACUGGAAUAUGGUGCCUUACUGAGAAUGUCUCUAUAGCUAUGAGCAUCCAAGUUUUGAUAAUGAUCCUAGAUGUUAAAGUUCCUUUUAUUACAGCUUUACUAGAAGAAGUAAUGAGUAACUAAAAGUCACUUCUGCUGUUACUUAGUGUUUAGCUAAAGAGUUUCUGUAUGGGUUUAUUUUGUGGUCUGGAGUAUCAUAAGUAGUACCAAAUGUUGAUUUCUUCCGUUCUUCAAAUACUACACUUUGAGAAUUUUAAGCACUAUAAUGGCCUAAAACCUUGUGUUGUCUGUUAGCUUGUCUUCAGGUGUGCAGCAGAGCUAAAGAUUUGAACAGUCAAACUAAAGCUUUAAAAUAGCAAGUCUACCUUGUUCCUGUGACCAUCAUAAUCCAUACUUUUAAGCUAUUUGACAUGUGGAAUAAUCGUGAUUCUCCUUCCCAUCCCCAGCAUUCCAAGCACCCCUACAAAAUAAAGCCCGCAAAUCUAGGAAGAUGAUAAAAUAGGACCAGUAUCAAACUGGUCAGAAAGAGAUAGUUUGCAGAAGGGACUGGAACGAUAUGGCAAAGACCCUUGAGUGCUUUGACUGGUAUAUACUAUAAAAGCUGAAACAACUCUUAGAUUUCAUACAACUCUGGUGUGAAUUAUCUAUGGUUUAUGCAUUGGUAUGGAUUUGCUAUUACAGUACUAAAUGCUGAUUAUCAUUCCUGGAUGAGAAAAAUAAAUUACAAGCAAGGGGAAAGGACACCAAUGAUUUGCUAAUCAAGAAAAACAGAUGCUUGCUCAUUACAGGCAUUGUGAGUCUUUAGGAUACUGAUCGGAGUCACUGUUGGUAACAAAAAUAGUGUUUGUGUUUGAGGAUUUCCUAUGCUUUUGGAAAGGAUUAAAAUACAAGGUCUAUUAAUGAAGAUCUGGGAAACAAACAAACACUCAUCUGAAUAUUAGCUACAUGGAUAAAAUAAGUUGUUUCACUU